AUACUUCUUCUUUUAAUGCGCCUGCUGUUUUUCAAACCAGUGUUUGAGGGGACGUUCAUAAGAGCAAACAAGCUGGUGGGAGACGGGGAGGGGCAGAGCGAACUUGUUCUCCGUCUCUGGCUCCCAUCCAGCAGAGCGCCUCCUUCGCUUCCUGUUCUGUUUUCCUACAUUCCAGACAAGCAGCGAUACACAGACCUUUGUGGAAUAAUCCUAAGACCCUCAGACUGUUACAGGAGUGACAUGGCUUCUGAGGGAGCAAGGUUACGUCGCCUCUUUGCCUGGUUUGACCCUGAGAGUGUUGCGGUGCUCACCAUCCUGUUGGGGCUGUUCCAGGUGCUGUUCUCUGCCCCGUUUGCUUACAUUGACCAAAGUCUUCCAAAACUCUUCAUACUGCCACUAGUCUUAGGAAUUGUGGUUAUGGCAGGGGGGUCCUUGACAAUGGCCAAUGAAAAGAACCCUAGCAGACUACUACUUCAAGGUUGUGUCUGCAGCAAUGUGGUUGGUCUGUUGGGGACGUUGCUUGCUUUCGGCCUGUAUUACUACACCCUCCACACAUCACCCAGAGAAGUCACAUGCUCGGAUGACUACUACUCGAGGGGUUGCCUCCCACAACUACUGGCAGACUACUCCUGGAGUGUGACGCUGCUGCUGCUGCUCUUUGACACCGGUGCUGUGGUCAUGCACUGUCUCCUCUCUAUCGCCGCCUUCAAAACACUGAAGACAAACUGAGACACACAAACCAAAACCACUGUAGUAGUCAUUCUACUUUGGUGUCCUGAGCUUGAUUCCUGGUGUAAGAAAACUUAAUGGAAUCUGACUUUUCCUUUACUGACAAGUCAGAAUAUCUACUGAUCCCACCCUCUGUACAAACAACUACUUUCACUAUAUCUUAUGUUUUGUAACCACUGUAUAACAAAGACCCUCAUUAAUAAAUGUGAUUACUGGUUGUCACUGUA